AUGGUUGCUUGCGCUGAGGGAGAUGUUGAAGCAGCUGAUCGGAUCCUUGCUAACAUUCCCGUGAAGGAUCACUAUGCGAUACUCAAUGGUCGUACCCCAGAGAGUGAUACAGCGUUGUUCAUUGCUUGCACGAAUGGUCAGCUGGAUAUCGUGAAACGACUGCUGGAAUCCAAUUACGACCAUGUUUUAGUAAAUCAGAAUACAAAAGACACUGUACUUCAUGCCGCAGUUUCUUCGCAAAACGUGGACGUAUUACAGAUUAUGCUUGAGGCAUUUCCGGCUUUGAUAGCUAACUCCAACUGUGAUGGUUGCUCUUGCCUUCAUUGGGCGGCUGAAAGCGGCUCUACAGAAAUUGUCAGAUGUCUUCUUGAAUUCGAGUUUCCUGAGCAGUACAUCAAAGAGAUUGAUUUGCUGUCAUGCCCUCCCUAUCGGUUCGCUAUUGACGUCAAUAACGGUGACAACGAAUGUAGAACUGCGUUGUAUAGAGCAGCUUCGAAAGGCCACACGAAUGUUCUUCAAUAUAUGUUGGCGUUUCGCUGCCUGUUCACUGAUGGCGAAAUGCGCUGUCCUUUCCAAUUGGAUGUAUAUUGUAGUCGUGGCAGGACUCCUCUUAUGGUCGCUGCCUACAAUCAAUCCCUUCCUGUACUUACUUUACUGUUGGACGCUGGCGCGGAUGUCAAUUUGCCGUUGGCGAUUCUGGAUUCAGAAACUUGCGAAGAAGCUCGAUGUAUUGGUAAGACUCAUUAUUCGUUGCGUUUCUUAACCUUUCUAUAA